UAAUGACAAAACGUACCAAAAAGAAUAAAGAAAACAUUAAUUAAUAUUAUCUGUCAGAGCAGUCUCAUAUUCUCUUCCUAUCAGUCGGUUCGGUGUUUUUAUUUUGUCGCAUUGCGACUUUUUACGACAGCGCUUUGCUUUACGACGCUGCAUAGAGUUGACGGACCGGUUGUCCAGUUGAAAAAUGGCUUCGUCGUUUUGGAAAGGUAUCGUCGGCGUUGGACUUUUUGCUUUAGCGCACGCAGCUUUCUCAGCGGCACAACAUCGAUCGUAUAUGCGGCUUACAGAGAAAGAAAACGAAACCCUGCCAAUCGAUAUUGUGCUUCAGACCUUACUGUCGUUCGUCAUGACCUGCUAUGGGAUUGUGCAUAUUGCAGGGGAGUUUAAAGACAUGGACGCCUCUUCAGAGCUCAAGAACAAAACAUUUGACACGCUGAGGAAUCAUCCAUCUUUUUACCUUUUCAACCACCGAGGACGAGUGCUGUUCCGCAACGCCGAGGAAGAGCCGUCUUCCCAGCAAGCGCUUCCCAACCCGUUACGGCUCCGCAAGCUGGAGCAUUUGCACUGAGACUGGCCUUUUCCUUGCCUGAGAAAUUACUCUCAUCAGAUAGGAUUUUUGUCUUCUUAUUGUUAGAGGGGCAGAGUCACAACUCACCAAUUCCCUAUUUUUUUGGUCAUGUAUUUGUACAUAGUCUAUCAGUCAUGCUGUACAAACAUGCGCAUCUCUUCACUCAAGCGGUCACCUCCACCAGUGUGCCAACCCUUCAUUUUGUUUAUAAGUUAUGCUGUAUGAAAAUGCUUGGGAGUUUAACAUACAGAAGCAUUGAGCCAUUGUGUCCUGUCUGACAUGUCUUGGAAUAUUUUUCGCCUUUGCACUGAAUAUUCUCUGUAUGAAGGUUUUUUUCUUUUUUUUU